AUGAAGGAAAACGAUUGUUUCCCAAGUGGAACAAAGGUGGUUAAUCAGAUAGGCAACGAACUUUACCUAGGUGUCUGCCCUCUUACAAAUGAACGUUGCAUUUCGCCGCAACCAUGUCGAGACGUGCUCUCAUUAAUGUACUCCUGCGGUAUGCAUGAACUCAGCGGAAAGUUCGCCUUUCAGAAGCUCGUCGACAAAUUCAGUUUCCACAACUAUGACAGUCUUCUACAUGCCGAUACCCAUAAAUUAGAUCCACGUCGUCAAGUCAGGCUCGUCUGA